AUGAGAGACAAGGAAAUCACCUCGAUCAAAUCCUCCUCCCAAGCCUCCCGCCCCUACCCACUCCCACCUCAUCUCCCACCGGGUACACCUCACUCCAGGCCACACUUCUUCUCCCAAGACCUCUUACCAGAGGACGACAACAUGGAACCUCUGAAUGAUGAGGACCAGUCUAACUCCCCUAACAUGACUCUGACCCAGCCGACCCCUAAUACAGCAUCACCGGGUACCCCAGAGACGCCAACACCCGCCGCAAGGGUCAUUCAACAAAGAGUGUCUUCCAUACAUAACCUCCUCCUCUCCCAGGAGAUGCCGCCUCCCCUUACAACCGCCACGCAGAGUAACGCGGAUACGUCAAGUGACCUAGCACAAUCUAUACAUGCGCCAAAGAGCAACAUGGAAGACCAACCCAUGGAUAACCCCCCUGCUCCACCUAGACCGUACUCUCCCAACGAGGAAGAAAGGACCAUCCUAGCCCAUCUCGCCUUAGCAGAGAAAAACAGGUCUACCAUCCGUCAUGAUGGCCCGCACCACUGCACCACCCUACCCCAAUUCACACCAACCCCCAUUGGCGGCUUCCCUGGCACACACAUGACCCACUCGGCAGAAGUAUUUGAUCACUUGGACAACCGCAUCCUACUAGCAUGGUUCCAAGUCGAACACCCAAAACUAGUAGUACAAGUCUUUGACUACACCAGAAGAGAGGUUGCUGAGAAAGCGGUCAUCCUUGCUGAACGCAUAUGCGCAAACAUUGCAAUCAUUGCCAACUUUGUGCACCAGGACGCGCAGCCCGUCCGCGUAUCCCCUCCACAACCCCAAGGUGGACGUGAGAGCAAGGCCUUCCCUAUCGGCUUCCUAGUACAUAAUAUCUCUGAAGAGACCAAAGAUCUCAUACUGUCCAAACGCAUAUGGUCAGCGAACGACAUCACAUUCCAAGCGCGAGCCUUCAGCUGCUACCAUCCACCCGACUUACUCUUCUGCCUGACCGGCUUCACUACAUCCAACCCACAGAUCAUCCGUAAAGCCGUGACGGAUGUAUGGGCCGCUGACGAGUACCGUGCGGAGAUCAACGACAUUAUCUCGAUGAGUGAAAUUAAAGAUGAAAAAGAAGUCUACGCGGCUACUUGGAGUCUCAUCAGAUCUGCCUGGGUCGAACACCUUGACUUCAAAGUCACCAGGGGAGUAUCAGUUACCCGCUUCAAUGUCUUCACAAUCAGCCCCAUCCACGAUGCCACAGCAUGGACUGACCUACACUCCCUCCUCCAUGUCCUCGACUACCCCACAGGACUGGACGGCUGCGGAUCCGCAGUGGCGAUGACCGCCUGCCCCAUAUGUCAUUCCAUCGCCCACCCUCAUGGGCUAUGCCCAUUCCCCAACAUCCCCUCAUGGAACGGACCAAAGAUUGGGUCCAAAACCACUGUCAUGACAGCGAGGAACACAAAGCCGCAUGGAAAGAAAUGA